UGGGUUAGAAGUUGCAAAUAAUUUUCCGUCAAAAGUAAAUUCAACAGCUGUGUUUCAACGUGUUAGAAUGAGUUCAAUUGAAGAAAAUGAAGAUCAAAUAGCAUAUCAAGCUGCUGUUAAUAUUAAUGGACAUAUAUUCAAAGGAAUAUUAUAUGAUCAAGGUGAUAAUCAUGAGUACAAUUAUAUGAAUGGUGGUGAUUAUGACAGCUCAUCGGGUGGCGAUCCCGUGCCACGACAGUAUAAUCUUAAUAUUACUCGCACCGCCACGUCAGCAGCGAAUGACGUGGCUGUAGGGGGUGGCGGUGUUGCUUCCGCGAUGGCCGCGGAAGGAUCAUCACAUUUUCUAGAAACUUCUUUAUACUCUAGUGUCAACACUUUCGUGGCAGGUACUCAAUUUUUUCCACCUUCAAGAUCUUGA